AUGGCCAGGCAAGGAUUUCCUAAACACAAGGUAGUCUCAUCGGGGAGGCUGACAAGCUCUGCGCGAGGACAGAUCAAUAAGAGAAAGGUCUCAGGAAGACAUACAGCGCCCCUCGAGCCCGCUUAUUCUCUUUAUUCUACCGACUCAGAGGAUCAGGUGACAGUCGUCAACAAAGGCUUAGACCGCUGUGCGGCGCUACUCAAUUGUAUUCUUGAAGCUGAAAAAACAGAGAACAAGCCGUCUUCCUCUAAAGUCACAAAGGCUGUGUCUUCCAAACCCAAAUCCAAGCUGUCAGCUGGAAAGAAUGAGGCAGAAAAGGAGAGACAUGGAAAGAAAUCGAGUGUAGUUGCUCACCCAACCAAAAGACCAGCUCCCGUCCAGAAGACCAUCCUGUCCUCCCGGUCUUAUCCUGGGUUUCAAAAGCAGUCGUGUUGUCAUGGCAAUCAGUCUCCAGCUGCAGGUCCAGCUUUGGUCUCCAAUGGCCCAGCCUUCCAUGAUGCAACCCCAGAACCAGUCCUGGCCCUCGUACAGACAGCUCCUCUGGCCUGCCCACUCCCUGGGGCUUCAGGCAGCCUACCGUCUUCAGGACCGCAGACCGCUACUGUGUUUAACAGUCGUCUGACCACCUCUACCCCUGCACUCAGCCCUCAGAGACCUGGCUCUGUCCACACUGAACCAAACAGUGGAAGCUCUAAUGGACAGAUGCACCACUUAACCCAACACUGGGCUACACUAACCACAGGGGCACCAUCAGCACCAAAUGCCAUCAUAACCACCACAGUUUCUGCAGGUCAAUAUGAAACUACAGCCUCUGUGGCACCACCCGUCCAGCCACUGUCCACAUUCACCGCACCAUCGCCUCUUCAACAGGCAUUCACACCGUCAGGUGGACAGGGUGUGCUCGAAUUCUCCAACCCACACCUCAGUACCUCUCCUGUGGGAACCCAUGGACCUAGUGUCCCCUUUCGUCAACCACCUCAGCCUUUGGCUGGCGCUCCAUUCACAGCUCAGGAACCUCAGGUUCCUGUCGUCUUUCCCCAGCCUGCACCAAAUGGGCCUUACAUGUCUUGUUCCGGUGCCCAGGAUCAGAUGGCCUCUUCUGGAGAGAGCUCGGAGGACAGCGCAGGCAGUACCAGCGAGGAGGAGGACCACGAUGGAGUGGAUACCAUGCCGGUCAGAGAUACCAGCUGCCAGACCAGCGCAGACCAUCAAAAAGUGUUCCAGCACAAGACCAAAUCCACCAGCCCAGAGAAAACAGCCAGGAAGGUCAUGACCGUGAAAUACCUGCUUGGAGAGCUGAAGACUCUGGUCGCUAACCAAGACAGCGAAGCAGUGAGACUGAUCUCAGAGGUUGAACAGAGCAUCUCUUUGCUUCCUGCUAUGGUAGGCAGCACUAACAUCCAAGCUGAAAUUGCUCUGGCUCUUCAACCGCUCAGGAGCGAGAAUGUGCAGCUACGCAGGCGUCUAAGGAUACUUAAUCAGCAGUUGAUGGAGCGAGAGAGAGCUGAGAGACAAGCCAGAACUGAGGACUUUAACCUUGAAUUGGUCUCUCUGCAGUCACUAAACCAUACGCUCCAGACUCAGCUACAGGAGAUGCGUAAAGAACUUGAGGAGACGCAGCUGGAGAACAAGAGACUAGAGCAAGCUCUGAAGGACACAGACGGUAACCUGCAGCAGAGCAGGGAGCACUUUGAAUUAGAGACCCACCGCAUACGGAUGGAUGUGAGUGAGGCACUCGCAGAGAUGAGAAAUUGUCAGAACCAGCUGGAGAUCUCAGAAAAAGAGAAGGUUGCAUUGUCUCUUACCAUCCAGCAGAGGGAGGCAGAGAUCACUCGCUUGCACGAGGUCAUCCGAAAUCUUCAGGGAGGCUCUGCUCCAGUUCUGACAAACCCUCUUGUUGCAAAAGAGAUUCACUCAACCAGUACAACCACCCAACUCACGAAGCAUGUUCUCAACAAGCAUGAAAGUGAACAGAAGGGGCAGGAAGCACCAGACCAGGUCACAGAAUCCAUAAAGGCUUACCUCCAGACUCUAAACGGGAGAGAACAAGACUCUCCCCCUCACAGACUGUCUCCUUCAAGGAGUAGUGGGGAGAGCUAUAGACCGGCCGAGGGGAGGGACAGUUCACGCUCGACCGUGGGUACGACUGGUAAAACGGGCCAGAUCGACGCUGGGAUCGAGAUUCAGAGACCGGCACCGCUGGGAACGGCCUUCGUCCCUCUGAGAGAGACCGUGAGGGAGCUGCCCUCCCGUGGCGAAUCGCAGAGCGACUCUCCUGUUCGGAGAGAAGGUUUGGCGGGACAGUUAGGGCUCCAGUAUUUGAGUCGCGCCCUUGAUAAACUCUCUGUCUCAAAUGGGCUCCCGUCCCAAACGUCGAAAGUCGUCACUUCGCGGCUCAGACGGGCCGACGGGAGACCAACCAAUGGCGUCUGCCAACCUCAGCACGCCCGGAGGUGUCUGGAAAUGGGCAAAACGCCAGCGUACGCAGAGCGAGCCUCUUUCCUCGACAGCUCUCUCUCUGCCUGCGAUAUCGGAUCCCUGGCCUCUGAUUGGAGUGUAAACUCCUGGUCCACGUUCAACACUAGAGAUGAGCAAGAUUUUCGCAAUGGACUGGCGGCGCUAGACGCCAGCAUAGCCAGCCUGCAGAAAACCAUUAAAGCCGACCUGAAGAGAUGA